AUAUGAAGGAAUACACACUCUUCUUCUUCUUGGCUUUGUGCUCUGCCAAAUCUCUCAUUGGUCCUUCAUAUUUGACACUAAAGAAUAUGAUGCUCCAAGAUAUGGAAGAUGAUGAUGACGACGACGAUGACAAUUCUCUAUUUCCAACCACUGAACCAAUUAUGCCACUAAUUCCUUUUGAUCUAUUCCCAACAUGCCCCUUUGGAUGCCAGUGCUAUGUGAGAGUUGUCCAUUGCUCUGACUUAGGUUUGACAUCAAUACCUCGCAACAUUCCACCAGACACUCGCAUGAUUGACCUUCAAAACAACAAAAUAAAAGAGGUCAAGGAAAACGAUCUCCAAGGGCUCACAUCACUUUAUGCACUGGCUUUGAACAACAACAAAAUAUACAAGAUUCAUCCAAAAGCCUUUCAACCAACAAAGAGGCUACGACGACUGUAUUUGUCCCAUAACCAGCUAACUGAGAUUCCAACAAAUCUACCAAAAACUUUAGCAGAGCUCAGAAUUCAUGCUAAUAAGGUUAAAAAAAUCCCCAAGGAUGUAUUUAAAGGAAUGAAGUCUCUACAUGUUUUAGAAAUGAGUGCAAAUCCUCUUUACAAUGAUGGAAUAGAGCAAGGGGCUUUUGAAGGUGUAAAUAUCUAUCAUAUAAGAAUUGCAGAAGCUAAAUUAACUUCAAUUCCUAAAGAUUUGCCUUCCAGUCUGCUAGAACUUCAUUUAGAUGACAAUAAGAUCACAGCAAUUGAACUUGAGGAUUUUAACCGGUAUAAAGAUCUUCAAAGGUUAGGCCUUGGGAAUAAUAAAAUCAAAGAUGUGGAAAAUGGAAGUUUUGCCAACAUACCAAGUAUACGUGAAAUCCAUCUUGAGAAAAAUAAGCUCAAGAAAGUUCCUCCUGGACUACCUGAACUGAGAUAUCUACAGGUGGUUUUCCUUCAUUCUAAUCAUAUUACAAAACUGGGAGUGAAUGACUUCUGUCCAACAGGAAGAAGAAAGAAGAAAGCAUUAUACAGUGGCAUAAGCCUCUUCAAUAAUCCUGUAAAAUACUGGGAGGUUCAGCCUUCAACUUUCCGUUGCAUUUUAGCUAGAAACAGCGUGCAACUUGGAAAUUUCCUCAAGUGA